AUGCGACCUCGCUCGUCGCGGCUGUUCCCCCCUGGACCUCGCACCGCCUGCCUACUCCCGCUCGCAGGAGUUCAUUCGAUCAACAUGCUCAAACUCGAGUUCGUGCCGGCCGCCGGUGACAAGCUCGUGCUCAAGCUCUCUCCUGCUCCGCCGCCGCUCGCUGACAAGCAGGCGUCUCUGGCAGACAACACGACCGUCAUCGACUCCGGCGAAGGCAACGCCAUCGGCAUCCCCUCCGAGCCCGUCUCGCUCAAGGAUGUCAUCGACACCGGCACCGGCGGCACCGGCACCGCCAGCACCGGCACCGUCGACAUCCCGCCCGAGGGCGAGCCCGGCCCGCUCAAGGACGGCAUUGACGCGGGCGGCGGCAACGUCGAGGGCGAGCUUUCGCCGAUGACGUCCUCCGCGAAGGUCGGAAUCGUGCCGGCUGACGACGGCCGCAUCACGCUCGUCAUCUCCGCGUCGGUGUCGCCUUCGCUCCUCGGAGCCAAGGCGUGCGGCGUCAAGAACGUCAACAUCUCCGUGGCAAAGUCUGGCCCGGAGGGCGUCCUCAAGAAGGACCCGGCCGCGGAAAAGGCGCCCGACGCGGGCGCGGUCGACUCGGACAAGGCCAAGGCCAUGUUCGCCACCCAAGCGCCGAGCUCGCCCGCCGUUUUCUGGUCCAAGUUUACGCGCCCGACCGGCCCAUUGACGGCCCCCACCGGCGCCGUCAAGGGCGCCCUCAACAAGGACAUCCCUGCGGCAGAGUCUGGCGCGGAGGCCUCCGUUGACGAGACCGGCGCCAUCAAGAACCCGGCGCUCAAACCGGUCACCAAGGUCGCCACGGCCCGCAAGCCGGCGGCGGGCGACGCCGACUGGAACGUCUCGACCAAGGAGUUUCCAGUGGAGACGGCCGCCCCGGCGGGCAUCGACGAGUGGAAGUCCCCCUCCCCGCUCCGCAAGAUCGAGCGCAAGGGCGAGCCCAACCUGGUCGACCGCUCCAAGAAGACCACCAAGAACCUCACCCCGAUCGGCCGCGUCGACCCCAACGGGUUCGCGGCGCUGCUCGGAACGGAUGUCGACGAGAAAGACCUCGCUGACGUCGGCUCCGGCAACGCGUUCGACGACGAGGAAGACCUCGCUGGCGUCGGCUCCGGCAAGGCGUCUGUCGGCGACGCCCCGCCGACGUCGGCGACGCCUUCGGCGCGUACUGCCUUGCCCGAGCAGCGCGCUCUGCUCGUGACUAACCCUCGUCCGCACUGUUCACAGGGCGCCGUGCAGGAGACGGAGCCGACCUCGACGCGCUCCGGCUUCCGCUUCGGCAAGUUCUGCUCGACCAAGCUACUGUGCAUCUUCUUCUUCGUGGUGAUCGGUCUGGGCUGCUCGGCUUUGUACGGCUCUGGCGGCGUCUCCGAGCUCCUCGACGCGGUGUCCGUGCCCGACGCGGUCGCGAUCCCGGUUCUCGACCUCUCCAACACCACGCCAAAGAACGAGUUCAGCCCGACGGGCCUCUCCUCGUCGACAAAUGAAUCGUCGCCACCCGCCUCCAUUCCCGUCCGGGUGAAUGCUCGCGAGAACCUGUUUGCUUCAAUCCCCGACGAUGACCAGUCCCACCUCGACCUUGCCAACACUCCCUGGCCGACCGUGCACGGCGCUCGCCAGAACCCGGGUUCGCUUAAGGGCGCAGUGCGGGUGGACGAAGCGGCAGACAUGGUCGUCAGCCGAAUGACUUGGACUCCUGGUGACAACCUGACUGAGACCAUCCAGCAGAUCUAUGCCCGAGCAAACUCCGUGAGCGUCGUCAAGGACCAGGAAGGCGUCUGGUGGACCUCCGGCUUUGGUACUGUCUACGCUCUUCGAAAGCAGCCCGGCGGUGAAGCGUUCGAGGUCCUUCAAGAAUUCGACCGGCAGGAGACAACCACGUUCCAUGGCUCCUACGCCUUCGUCGACAACCGCGGCUUCUUUUAUGCGGCAUUUCAGUCCACGAUCGAGCGAUUUCAUCUCCGCCACAGCGACGAGGGCGGCGACUGCAAGAGCCGACUCGCCGGAAGACCGAUUUGCCGGGAGCAGAGUGCCGACCUCGCCACAGAUCCUGCCGUCAACUGGAUCAGCAACACCGGCUCAGGCGAGGACGACAAGUUUGUGGCGUACAACCUCUCACCGGAAGGUUACAUGGUGCUAUGCACCUAUCACGGCAAUGUCUUUGUGUCCAGCGAACCGAAUCAUGUUCCCUAUCCGGACUUCGGCAACAUCACGUGGCGCCAGCUGGACCUUCGAGACUAUUUGAGGAGUAAAUCGCAAAUUUACCGUGCUUUCGUGCAGUCUUCCGGUGACAGCAGCUCGCACGUGUCAAAUUCCAUCGGCAUGGGAGAGAAGACCUCAGCACACUUUGCCCUCGUCCCCACCGCUUGGGGCAUUGUCAGUGUGAAUGUGGACAAAGAACACCCCGCACCGGUUGACUUCUUUCCGAUUGACCCGUACGAUGCUUCAGACACGUUCAAUGGCGAGUUCCUAACCCGCCUUGGCCCACUCGGAACCGGCUCAAGCCCAACGUCCUUUGUGCUGAACGGCCGCAGCUACCUCACCGUGACGGACGGAAAGUUGGAGCCAAUGAGCUUGCACGUGGUCGAAACCCAGCGUGGAGAGUUCCAGACGUCGCCUGCCUCCAUUGGUGUGUCGUUCGGCGACUCGCAAUUCUCCACCAGCGAGCAGUCUGCAAGUGCGCUCGUCAAAGAUGACGAGGCGCACAUCGUCGUUGUCAACAACUACGCCGGGAUCAAUUCCUUUGAUCUCGACGACCCGAACCUCUGGUCUGUGCAUGAUGCGGACGGUCGCGGCCACCUUCUCCAGCUUUGCAAAUUGAUCAUCAAUGAUGGCUCGAAGGAAAAGUGGGAGAGCCUCGAUUCCAUCGACGACAGGCUCGAAGUCAACAAGAAGACCAUGCCCCUCUUCUGUGGGGCGUGCAGUGGAGGCGUCAACCUCUAUGCGUUCGAUGGCGAAGUUAUUCAUCCCAAGUGGUCCAACGUGGACGUUUGCACGCUCACAGGCAUCCCCUUACAGACCGAGGAUCACGUGUGGGCCGUGGGCACGGAGAGGCUAAAGCUCGACAAUGGCGAUGACAUCGUCGGUGAUAUAAGUCUGUUUGCCUUAGACCGGGCGACAGGUAAGGUCAGCAUUCGGGCUCCGCUCCCUGGUACGAUCAUCACCCCCGACCAGAUAGAAAACUUUGUCAACCGAACGAAACAAAGCGAAAUACUCGGCCCAAUCGUUCAAUUCCUUCUCGAAGCAGCAAAUCGUGACGAAUAUGGUUUGCUGGGAGGCUGGCUGAAGAACACCCUGAACAACAUUUUUUAUGCGGGGGUGGAGACGGACGGCGACUCAUUGGUAUUCGGCAGUGCCGGGGGCAGUGUGAUGCGUGGAGUCAACCGUUCCCAGCCAUCGGGUUACUGUCAGCCGGACGACGCGUGCUGGCCCAACGCCGCCAAAUGGAACGAUCUCAACGCUACGGUCGGCGGUCGUCUGUUCGCCAUCGGGGAAGUUGAAGAUGUUAUGUGCAAGUGCGCCGAAUCUCACGUCACGUUGUCGGCCAACCCAUUCCCAACUUUCGACGGCACGCGGGAAGCCACGCUGGCAAACGGGGCUUGCAUGCAAUUCCAGGACUGCUUUUACGAGUACUGUGAGGCCAGCUCGAGGCCGAAGACUCUCCCCGAAUACUCGCUGGAGGCCCACUCCGAAUUCGACGUGCGAAUGGUCCUCGAGUUCGCCACGGAGCACAGCAUUCCGGUCAGCGUCAAGUCCUCCGGCCACAGCUACACGGCUGCAAGUUCCACGAGCGGGUCGAUCCUCAUCUGGAUGCGCAACUUCAAAACGUACUCGCCGAAUGAAUUUGGCCCUCUAACCGACUCAUGCGGCACACGCCACGCCGACACAAUAAAACUGGGCGGGGGACAGCCAUGGGGCGAGGUGUACAAAGCUGUGCUCAACACCGGCGCCUACGAUGUGCUCGGAGGAUCUUCUGUCAACGUGGCGUGCUGUGGCGGCUGGCUGGCCGGUGGUGGGCUGACGACGAUGAGCCGCUUCCGCGGGCUCGGGGUAGACAACGUGCUACGCUACGAGGUCGUGCUCGCAAACGGCUCGCUCGUCGUGGCGGACGAGUGCUCCAACAACGACCUGUUCUGGGCCUUACGCGGCGGCGGCGGCGGCUCGUUUGGUGUGGUGACGACGCUCUGGUAUCGCCUUUAUCCUAAGACCAAAGUACAAGUCCUGAAGAUGAAGGUCAAGCCACUUAUCGAUCGAUCGAAGGUCAACCCGAUCGAUUGGGAGAUUUUUGCACACUACGGAAGCUUCGUUCUCGACUACGUGAUUCCCAUGACAGUUCGGGUGUUGCAACCUGCAAGCCUCCCUUCCGAGUGGGGCGGCUAUUACUCGCCCAUGUGUAAUAGCUACACGAUCAACGACGUCGAACUCGGCACUUGCAUGGAGCUCUUCUACUAUGGCGACGGCGACGACGCGCAGCGCCUCUUAGAAGACCUCACUUCCUGGAGCAUGUCAACGGUGCCCGAGGGAACGCGCAGCUUGUUUGGCCUCAAUAUCUCGCUGGUUGCACAUGACAGCUACCUCGACUUUAUCAACGACGUCAGCAACAAGCCAGGAGGGGCUUGCAACCCAACCGACUCGACGGAUGAGCUUCCACAUGGUUGCGAGCUCUUUGGCAUGGUCUCCGACUACGUGGGCUUCCGUUCGACAAGCAACAAAGGCAGCGCCGGCAGCGCCACACCCUCCUCCUGGCUCCUGCCGAAAACGUUUUGGGAGGACAAAGACGCUGCCGUCGAGACGCUCCAGGAUGCCGCCGGAAGAUGCAACCCGCCGACAACGGGAUACCUACUCGGCGGUGCCAUCUCGGACGUCCCGGAGGACAGCACUUCCGUUCCGACGGCCUUGCGCCGCGCAGCCACCAACAUCAUGGGAGCAGCGCCUGAGCCAACGUUCGUGAGUGACGGGAUGCGGUUCAUCCGUGAAAUCGUGGACGACUCGGCGCCGUGCUUCAACCAUGAGGGCCAUCCGUGGGCACUUGGUGACACCAUCGGCACGGUCCACCAACGCAUCUGGGGAACACAACUUCCUCGUCUCCAGCGCAUCAAGCAGAAUGUCGAUCCGGAUGGCCGCUUCAACAACUUCCCCGGAGUCGGCUUCACUGAAUCGGGAACCAACGUCUUUCCUAACAACGAAGCAUUUUCAGGCGAGACUUGCCCUACAAUCGAAGGCCGCAGGGUGGAGGAGGCCACCUCGCUCGAGCAAAUGAGGGCGCGAUGGGGGCAGGCGUUCGAUCGCCUGAAGGAGAGGCUCGAGGAAAUGAAGGCGUCGCUCCUGAGCUCAAAUAAAAAGGCAGCGGUGACCAAAAUCAUUGAAUGCAUGCGCACCGUCGACGGACGCGGAUUCCCCGCCAUCCGCAUCUGCAAUUCUAGCCGGGUCGAUGUCUGCGCUGAUUUACUGCUUUGA